AUAACUGCGGAGGUGAGAUGCAACAGGCUUUAGGUCACCGAGAGGCAAAUAGUCAAUAUUCACAAGAAUAACAACAUAUGGCUUGACUAAACCAGACUUCUAAGGGUAGGAUAGGAUUUAUUAGCUAGUGUAUGCAACUGAAGAGGUUGAUUAAGAACAUGGUAUCACAAGUUUGAACUGUGACGACAAUUGUUUGCGAGGCAGUAUACAAGUCAACUUUAACUGGUGCUAAGGAAAUAUGCCACCUCCAACGGCGAAGAAGGGCGUCUUUAUUGCCGGAAAGAACAAGAAAGUCCCGGAUCCUUGGUGCCUCGUCUGUGGCGUCAACCUGCGCCUCGAUGGCCGUAGCUUCGUCGUCCUCACCAGCGAUGAUGCGGAGGAGACACGUAAACUGUUUGUACAGAUCCUCGGAGUCCAAUUCCGGAGUGACUACGCCUCUGUGAAUUUAUGCAGUAAAUGCGAGAGAUCACUGAAAAGGAUCAACCGAUAUGGUGGACUUGAAUCGGCAAAGUCCGAAGCUAAUAUUCUGAAGAAGUCACUGGCGGAGAAUCUUAAGAAGAAGGGCCAAGACACUGUUGAGGCUAGCGAAGCUGAUAAAUUUGAAAUAACUGAUUUCAAAGGCACUGUGCCAAAGCCGGAGGCAAAACGAGACUUCAAGAAGUCCGAGCCGCUGAUUGAAGAAGAGGCCGAGGAGUGGAAGGAGAACCAGGAUUGGGAACAAGAAGCAGACGACAGCGAGAACAUCGACACAAAUAAGAUGCCGUUCGGUUUCUUGAAAAAGUCCAAGAAGGACAAGAAAGACAAGAAGGACAAGAAGAAGGAAAAUGAGGCAGCUGUCGAUGACGCCAAACCUGAAGACCAACAACCCAUCGUGGACGCUCCGGACGCCGACCAGACGCCUGCGCCGCGAGUAUUUAAAGAGGGGACUACACUGGCCGCGAUGGCGAGCACCAUACCCAAGAAACCGGAACCAGUUAAGGGUGAUAGCAAAGACGAAGAGUACCCGGAUGGGGGAUUUGUCCCCAGCAGUAAUGCUACGCCAAGCAACGACACCAAGACCAGUCAACCAGUCGCACAGGAGAAAGAAAAUCCUGAGAAGCUAACAGAUUCGGAUGAGACUGAACUCAAGAAACUAGAGGUCAAGGACGCACCAGUCAAGAGCGAGAACUCUCCACUCAUCAAUAAGAACGGCGAUGUGAAGGAGAGCAAGCUACAGGAUCAGCAACCUGGCAUGCUCUGCUGCACCAUUCUGUAGCCAGGCCUAUAGAAACCGGAAAUGACGUCACGUCCUUGACCUUGUAGUCAAUUAAAAACUUUCGGCUGUUCCAAGAGCAGUUGCUCUUGGUUUCCUAACUCUAAUACAGUUCUAUGGUGUGGUUUGCAUUAGAAAGAUCGUUGCAUGGGGUUGCGUUUGAAACAAAAUCUGAAAAAAUAUUAUAAUGUGUUGUAUUUCGUGACUUGCAUGUUUUUAUGAACGUUAUGUUAAACGCUGAAAAGAAAUCAAGCCCCGUAAUAUUUUACGCUCUAAAAGACAUUUACAUAAACAUACGGUAUGUGUUUACAACAUGAUUGAUAACGCAUGUUUUGGUGAAUCGGAUAUCAAUAUACAAGCAAUCAAAUGGUGACUUGAUUGAUUUUUAUGAAUGUUAAAUAGCAAUGAAAAUAGCACAUAUGUGUCUUUAGAAUCAGGAUAACUUUACAUCAUUAGGUUUUUUUCAGUUUGAUGUCAGGAACUGCAACGCAUUUUGGUUAUGGAUAUCGACUUGCCCGCGGCAAGUUCAGCGGGCAGUUUAGGAGUAAACGUCAUAUUGCAUCGCCCACUUUCCAUGGCACCUGUUGCAGGUCACGUGACUUAGCCUCGUUUGGACCUCGUCAUGCGAUGGUUAUGAGCUACUGCAGCUGUUGCAGUUACAUCCGGGCAUCUAUGUUAUCUUUGUUUGAAACACAAAAGCAGAAAUCUAAAUGUUAUUAUGCAUCAACUAGCUGAGACAGAGAAAAUAUUGACAAUAUGAAGCUUCAGUCACGAGCGUCUGUUGUUCAAUAAAUUAAUAUAGUACUGAUGACCAAUUCUUUCGUUAGAUUCAACCGCUUUGUUAAAACAUAUUUGUUGAUGAGUGAAAUGCCGACACUUCCUAUUAUUCAGGAAUAUUCAUUUAUGGAUUUAUUUCAAAUAAAUAGUUUUAAAUACUGUCAAAUUUAUUAAAAACUGGCUUUAUCUUGUUACAACAUCUCAAAUAUUGGAAGUGGGCUUCAUUUUACAUAUACUCAUUAAGUACGUUUCCUUUAAACCUGUGUGUAGAAGCAGGGGCUUGUAACACCAACACGUACUGGAAAUAUACUGGACUAAACAAUCUUCAGUAAUAUUGGUUGUGACCAUAUAUCUUGUAGCUGCUAAUGCUUGGGUUUCAACUGUAGCCACGUGUAUAUUAUAUUCGAAUAUUUACUGUUAUAUAUAUAAUGUAUGUCUGUUAAUUUAUGUCUUUCACAUCUGCUGGGUUAUUGUUAGUUUUACACUUUUCUACUGUAAAAUAUAUCCUUGUACAGAAACGCACAUAUUUGUGUGUCGUGAUAACACAAUAUAAGGACAAAUGUGAUGCAAACGGUUAUAAUUAGUUUACCAAGUACGGUCUGGGGAAAUUAAAGAAAUAGAAACUACUGUUCUUAGACACCGACGUGAUCUUCAGACUAACCUAAGGUGAAGGCCAGAAUACUAAGGUCAAGGUCAAAUUUGCAGUCAUUUAUCAUGUGUCGUUUGUGAAAAUAUGAAAUAAGAACUUAACCAUUCGGGGCAGUCUAUUAAUAGACCCCCUGCUUACAUGAAAAAAUAAUCUCAACCAAACUGGUGCUAUAUUAUGUGGGCGUUGGCGGCUUUCACCAUUAUGUGCCUUAUUACAAUAUGUAUCGGAGCCGAGUUUCUUAACCCCAGUAUUCCAUGUAUGUAAUGUCUUCCUCCCCGUCAUGUGUAAUCUGAUCUCUGAAGGUCUCAGAUAAACGAGAUAAGCUUCUUUAAGUCAAAUUAAUCCUUAUUAUACUUAUCACAGCGUUAAUUUCAAUAUUACAAAUCCAAUUCUGUGUUAUUCUGUUGUAAUAUAUCGUGUUUAAUUCGCGUAUGCUGACUCUUCUACUUGUGAUUUAUGUUUUUGUAACGGGAUGUUCUUGAGAGACACCAUGCUAUGUUUGGGGGUAAAACAAUUGGGAACCUGAUUAAAAAUAUGUAUUUUAUAUAACAACACAGUUUGGGCUUAAAUCCAGAGGAAACAAUGUAAGGGUUGAUUUUAGGUUGAUUCAUUAAUUUCUACAACGUAAUAUUUACAAAAAUACGUUUUCAGGAAUUAUAUUUUUUAAAUAUUUUUUUCAAAUAAAGCGUGCCUGUUCCUUGUUUCAAAACGUUCUUUUAAACUAAAAGUUUCGGCGAAAAGAAAGCAUUAGGUGGGAAUAGCUGUAGAAAUUGAGUUCUGUCAAAAUUCCCAUGUUGUUUUCAAAGUGUGGCAAUGAUGCAUGCAUUUGACUAGAAAUAUCACGCUAUGAUAAAACGGAAAUUUAACACUAUGUCGACUCAUAUUUUAUAGCAAUAACAAAUCAAUUCAAUGUAUAUUUAUUUAUUUUCAUUUUAUUUUAUUUCUAUGAUACUGAGAAAAAAUCCGCUGUUGUAUCUGUGAACUGAACUUAUUUCUUCGUGUUGAUGCAUCCUAUGUCAUCCUGGUGAACAGUAAUUGUUCGCUGUUUCUUAACCCUGUGUUAUUGUCCUGGCUAGGAGAGAGCUAUAUUGUUGAGAUGACACUGUCACCCCGAGUUAGCGAUUUAAAGACGCCUUCAGUGCUUCCCGUCUUACUCUCCGGGUUGUUUGUUGUUCGUUGGUAAUAAACUCUUCUGAAAUACA